GGAGAAAAAUUUGAAAGUCUAGCUACUGAGUGAUUUUUCAUGGAAAUAUUAUGAGCCUUGUAUUUGCUCAUGCAAUAGCAUGCAUCAAUGUGCAUCACAAUGUGUAUGAUCAUAUGAACAAGAUCAUGCAAUGUACCACUAUGUAAUGUAUACAUGAUCCUAUUUUUGUGUUCGGCCCAUUUUCGGAGGAUAUCAUCUUAACUAAUUCAAUAUUAUUAUCAUGAAAAUUUUUUAAUCUCAUAACUUUUUUGUCAUGCUGAGCCAGAUUCGUAUUAUCAAGUAUUCAUAGACAUCCAUCCAAAAUUCACUUUAUAUAUUUUGCAUCGCGCUGAACACUUUCCUUAUGAUAUCUCGACCAAUAUAUUCGAUGUUUAGUUACCAACUAACUUGCCCUAUUCCACAUCAACCUCACAUACUAAUCCUUGUAUUAAUUUUUGUUUUCAGAGGCGUCCCUGGCUGGCUUUUCGUGGGCAGAGUGUUCAUGGCCGCCACACGCUACAAUAAGUUAUCCAUUAAAAUCACAGGGUCAGGAACUGUUGAUCAUGAAGGGGCCAUUCUAUAAUGCAGUUUUUUUAAGUUGAAUUAUUGAGGGAGGGGGGUUAAGAACUUGAUUAAUCUGUUAGUUAGUACUUAGUAAACGUUAUCUUGUGGGAUUAGGUGGGUUGAUGAUGGGAGUGUCAUAAGAGAAAUACUCCCAUCACUUCGAAAUUUCUGUCUUGAAAAUGAUGAUUCAGUAUGACAUUUUAAUUAGUUGGUGCAGAUGCAAUGAAACUAAAACGUCAGCUGAUAGGAGAGAGGGGGGGGAUUAGUGGCCCAAAUUUGUUGAUGUAAGAUUUGUCUUCUUUGUCUGUUUGUAAUUAGUAAUGAGGAAGAAGAGGGUGUCUAGUUGUUUGGAUUUUUUUUUUAUUUUCAAUCACAAAAUAAUGGUGUUUGUGAAAUCGUAUUGUACUGGACGGUAGAAAAUGUUACGUUAUGUUCGUAUUAGUUUUGUUUGUUUUUUAUCAUGGUGUAAAAUUGCUUUUAAAAAAUUUAAUAUUUUAUAUCGCCUUUCGUUAUAUUUUAAUUUUAUUUUUGUUCUUACCAAAUAUACCAAAUUAGAAAUGGUAAUUACAAACAGUCGUCUUGGGAGUAAUUAAUUAGAAACGGUAAGGAGAUUAGAGAGGCCUAAUGUGGUAAAAUCGGCCUGCCAUUUCACUCGGCUGGAUCUGUAACUCCCACAUCUGGGCUUCAAGCCCAAAAUCUUUUCCAAGUUUAUUGGGUUAGAGAACAGUGACGUUUAUUUGUAUUACGGCCCAGUACUGAUCUGCAAACCAGGAAAAAAGCUUCUACUAGGGUUUCUCUCUAGCUCUCGAGUCUUCCAUCCAGGCUUGUUCCAAAACCUCUUCACCUUUCUUCCGCCGGAAAAAUCAAUCCUCAGUGUUCACUACUCAGAUCAGAAAACAAUCAAACCAUGGCUUUCGAAGUCGGCGCUGUCCCGUUCAAUCCCGACGGCUGGGGUCCACCGGACGCCACCACGACCAUCACCAACACCUCGUCUCUACCGCUCAACGUCCCCUUCGCUCCCUUCUCCCGCGCCGAGAAGCUAGGGCGAAUCGCCGACUGGACCCGCAACAAUCCGAACGCCGGUAGGCCCAACGCCGGGAAGAACGCGUCCGAUUCGGUAUUCGAUUUCACAGCCGACGAUUCCUUCCCCGCCGCAGGCGGAGCUGGGGACGAGGACUUCCGCCUCGUAGACGGGAAGCUUCCCACCCGUCCGAAAUUCGGUCCCAAGUGGCGGUUCAACCAGCACCGGCCGCAGCUCCCCCAGCGCCGCGACGAGGAGGUCGAGGCGAAGAAGCGGGAGGCGGAGAAGGAGAGGGCGCGGCGCGACAGGCUGUACAACCUCAACCGGUCGAACCAGAACCAGCAGCGUCGUGAAGCGGCGGCGUUCAAAUCGUCGGUGGAUAUUCAGCCCGAGUGGAACAUGUUGGAUCAGAUCCCCUUCUCGACGUUCUCCAAGCUCUCGUUCGCCGCUCCAGAGCCGGAAGAUCUGCUCCUCUGCGGCGGAUUGGAGUUCUAUGAUCGGACCUACGAUAGGGUCACGCCCAAGAGCGAGCGCCGGCUGGAGAGGUUCAAGAAUCGCAACUUCUUCAAGGUUACCACCACCGAUGAUCCGGUGAUUCGCAGGCUGGCAAAUGAGGACAAGGCUACCGUAUUUGCGACUGAUAGUAUUCUGGCCACUCUGAUGUGUGCUCCAAGGUCAGUUUAUUCAUGGGAUAUUGUGGUUCAGCGAGUUGGGAACAAGCUGUUCUUUGACAAGCGCGAUGGUUCCCAGCUCGAUUUGCUUUCGGUGCACGAGACGUCGCAGGAGCCUUUGCCCGAGGCAAAGGAUGAUAUCAACUCUGCUUAUUCAUUGAGUGUUGAAGCUGCUUACAUUAACCAGAAUUUCUCCCAGCAAGUUUUGAUUAGGGAUGGGAAGAAGGUUACUUUUGAUGAACCAAACCCUUUUGCUAGUGAGGGAGAGGAAGUUGCCUCUGUCGGGUAUAGGUAUAGGAGGUGGAAGCUUGACAACGAAAUGUACCUCGUUGCUCGAUGUGAGGUGCAGAGCGUUGCUGAAGUUAACAACCAGAGGUCGUUCAUGACUUUGAAUGCGCUUAACGAGUUUGACCCCAAGUAUUCUGGUCUUGACUGGAGGCAGAAGUUGGAGACUCAACGAGGUGCGGUUUUGGCUACCGAGCUAAAGAACAAUGCUAACAAGUUGGCCAAGUGGACUGCGCAGGCGUUGUUGGGCAGCGCGGAUAUGAUGAAAUUGGGAUAUGUUUCUAGAGUUCAUCCUAGGGAUCAUUUCAACCAUGUGAUUCUGGCUGUUGUUGGUUACAAGCCUAGAGACUUUGCUGCACAGAUUAAUCUGAACACUUCCAACAUGUGGGGUAUUGUGAAGAGCAUCGUGGACUUGUGUAUGAAGCUGAACGAGGGCAAGUACGUGUUGGUGAAAGAUCCUUCUAAACCUCAAGUGAGAAUAUAUGAGGUUCCUGUUGAUGCUUUCGACAAUGAUUAUGUGGAGGAGCCGUUGCCUGAGGAUGAGCAGGCUCAGCCACCGGCUGAGGGUGUGGAGAACGGCGAGGCAAAUGGUAUUGCGAAUGAUGUGGAAGAUAAAGCAGUUGAAGCUGCUCUAGCUUGAAGGUAAUGUUCUUCCUUAGCUUUCUAACACUAUGUCUUAUUCGUGCUAGUUUUAUGAGCCUAUCUGCACUUAUUAACAUCCUCGCUACACACAAUGAAUUAUACUUAGAGGGAUAUCUGAAUCGUACAAGAUCAACCAGUGUACUAAAAAUGGUUAUGCAACAUAAAGGCCUGACCUUUUCUACUAUCAGAUCAUGUUGGAACUAGAUCUACCAUUUUGCUUUCGAAGCCAUUGAUAUUUGCUUGUUACAUAGGGAAGUAGAACAGUCUUUCCUUGUCCAAUUUGACGCAUCAAAUGAACUACGUAGAUGUGGACUUUUCUGGUGAUUGAAUCUAGCUGCCACUCUGCUGUCAUUCUCUUAUGAUUUGGCAUUUGAGCUUUAGUUAAAUCGAAUUUGGAUAUUUACACGGGAAUACUGUCUGUUGCUUCUUUGAUAGGUUAGAGGUGGAUGGCUCGAUGAUACCUGUGAACUGAACACCGAUGAUCCAGUUCCUGCAAAGCUUGUCGGCUGACAAUCGAAGAGCAAUCCUCUCAGGGACACAUCUUUUUAUAUGUUUUGGGUUUUAGUUUAACGGUUGUAAGUUUUUUUUUUUUGUAUCUGUUGAGUUUAUUGGGCAGCACUUGUGUUUCUGAUUGCACAUUCAUGUCCCAAUUUUGCUAGAAUGAUUACUGUUUUAGUAUACUCGACGGAAAAUACAAACAUAUUGGGAAUUUGAGAACAAGCUAGUUUUUAUUUUAUUUUUUAUUUUAGGCAAUGGCUGGCUCUUGUGUAUUGGGCCUAUGGGCCUCUUGUUACCUACAUGUCUUUUAGUGGGCCAUUUAAUAGCCGUCUGGCUGGCUCUAGAUUUCGGCUUACAAUCUUAUGGGCCCAUUGACAAGUGUUGUGCCAGAGAUUUUCACCAUUCCAAAGUCGGUAUUCUCCUGAAGGAAAUAUGUUGCUUGCUGGAUGAUUUACCGGAUUACUCGCUUAGGUUCAUUGGUCGUUCUAACAACUGGGAAGCUCAUUCUGUGGCUCGUCAUGUUCUGUUCAUGUCGCCCCGUAUGUUUAAGGGGUUCGACUUCGUUUCUUGGUUAUGAUGUAUGUAAGGAUCCUUUUGGAUCUUUUUCAGAUGCUGUAUCUUUUUCAUUCCCCGCUUCUGGGGUUUUGAAUGGCAAAAAAAAAAUCAGAAAAGGACUUAACAAGCCCGAAUAAUAUAGCAAGUUCGAUCACAAUCGCAGACGAUUAAGUGAAUAUCGGGGAAGGUGAUGAGGUGGUGGCCGAUGGUAAUCCUCACUAGUAGGGCUGGCUAUUUGGUCCCCGAUUGUUUGGUUUUACCCGAAACCGGACCGUAUAAUUCGAAUCGGGACUGGACUGAGACCGGAUAGCAAACAAUGCAAUCUCAUAUUCGGCUUAGAUUUGAGUUAAAACCCAGAUAAAGACCGGAUAAGAGACCCCCAACAAGUAAAAUCAAGAUAAAAUUGGGACCGAACCGGAUCAAGACCAGACUGUAUCCAAUCCAAUCUUUGGUCCUUAUAUUCCCGAAAAGACCGGACUGGGACCGGAUCAAUUUGGUCCAAUUUAACCGGACCGGACCGUAUAGCCACCCCUACUCACUAAGAAUGCGAAUGGGCCGGGAAUUGGCCGCGGUAGGUCGGGUAAUUUAUUAUUGGUUGUGGGUCGACCCAAUGAGUAUGCAAUUUAUAUGAAAAAUAUUAGAAAUAUUCGUUGAUUUCAUUAUAAGACGAAGCAAACAAAUCAUAUUAUAAUAAAUGUAGUUAAAUUAUUGGAGAAAUUGAGAUUUUCACUAAUUUACAACUUUAUUAUAGCUAAAAAUAUGAUGUAAUGAAAUGAAAAUCAUGAG